AUGACCAUGAGGUCCAGUCAGUCACGUGUGUUGCAGCUAGCAUGAAGCAGGAAGUGUCAUCUUCAGUGUCAACAUGCUAACAGACGACGAGGAAGAUGUGUCUCUGUUUGACGCCCAGGACGAUACAGGAAGUCGACCACCCAGGAACACACACACCAAACAUCCAGUGGCGUGCUUGUUCCACGUGAUGUUCCGAGUGUGUGCCCUCCUGCUCUACUUGUUGUGUGAUGUUGUCAGCAGCAGCAGCUUCGUCGCUGGCAUGGUCGCCAUCAUGCUGCUCCUCUCAUGUGACUUCUGGGCAGUCAAGAACGUGACGGGGAGGCUGCUGGUGGGUCUGAGGUGGUGGAACCAGGUGGAUGAGGACGGACAAAGUCAUUGGGUGUUUGAGUCCAGGAAGGGGACCAGGAGCUCACACCUUUCUGACUCGGACUCUCGCAUCUUCUGGCUGGGACUGAUCGUGUGCCCGCUGGUGUGGGUUCUGUUCGCCUUCAGCGCCAUCUUCCAGUUGAAGAUCAAGUGGCUGCCGGUGGUCCUGAUGGGUGUGGUGCUACAAGGAGCCAACCUGUACGGGUACAUCAAGUGCAAAGUGGGAGGGAAGACUGACCUGAAGAACAUGGCCACCAACUACCUGGGCAGACAGUUCCUCAAACAGGCUCUGUCCAAAGAGGAGGAAUCCUAACAUCAUAAAGACAUUCCUAUUUGAAGUCCCCACAUCCUCUACAUAACUUAUUUCCAUACGUCAUGUUCAUGACGUGUACUACCAAGCACCUGAGUGAACCAGGGAAAGGUCAUGUGACGUACAUCAUGUCUGAAACUGACAUCAAUAAAUAAAUGACAUUUCACCAUCAAUGUUGUUUUUUUCUUCUACAGUCUAAUCAUACUUGUGUCAAGUUAUUGUUGC